GUUCUGUUCGUGUCCCCUUUAAGACCAAGUAGGAAGUUUUUAAUGUUUAGUUGAAUAUUGUAAACUGUAAACAAUCUCAAUGUUUUUUAGUUUAUAUAGAUAGUGGUUUUUAAAGAGAAAUAUGUUGAUUUCGAGCACCAACAGCAUCGCCUAUUAUAAUGGGCAUAAAUACGACUCUAUAUAUAACUUGAACGAAAAAAGAAAAAUGCAUGGCGCCAAAAGGGUAAUGCUUUUUUGUCUAAUGACAGCUAUUCUUCCAACUAUCCUUAUCAUAAUUCCUCUAUAUCUUCGACAUGUCGUGUUCGCUGAUGUUGUUUACCCAGUAGCAGAGUCAGACAUUCUUGCCAUUCAAGAAGGGGUGUCAUCAGUUUUCUGCAAGUCUCUUUCGUUAAAAAUGAAUUCCACGUUCAACGCUUUUCAACUUCAAGGAAAACCGUCUAAAAGUGGAAAAAUUAAGCACAUAAGGUUAAAGAAAUCCAUGUCUCUUCCAGACGACACUUUAGAAUAUUGGGGAUUUUAUUUGUUGAAGGGAUCAAUCGUAAAACUAAGGGUAUGUUCCCGUCAUGAUGGCGCUCGAAUAAUGGUAGUAAGAGGAGACAAAAACUUGGACACCUGCAAUUUAAUGAAACACGAAAAAUACGGUGCUAAAAUGGAUGCAGAUUUCAAAGGAGUCAAAGUAUUUUACGAAAAACCAGCAGAAGUUGUUGGUCUAAUAGAUAUCACAAACAAUGAUUUAGAAGAUGAGAAAGAUGAAAAUAGAGCCGUAGAAGAUUUAACUAGUGAAAGUAAGAACAGUAUUGAUUCGUAUAUGGAGAAAACGAGAGAAAAAAAGAGUUAUUUUAUUGAUAAAAAUCAAGAGCCAAAUGAUAACGAUGACAAUAAUGAUGACAAAUUCGUAAAAACUAAAGAUAACCAUAAAGAUGGUACCGAUGACGUGCCAAAGUUAAGACACGCCAGAAGUCAUUUGAGAGAGAUACAGGAGAAAGUAGAAGAACUGAAAAAGUCGCUUGAAGAUGCCCCCAUUGAACGUCCAAAACGCAGCGUCUCCCCGCUAGACUCGCAUAUCAAACAUGGCGGCAACGCCAUGAACUCCACCGUACUCGGUUUCGAAGGUGACGUAUCCAGCUUCGAAACGAACCUGCUCACUUGCUACGACGGCAAAAUUUUACUAUCCCGCAGCUUCCAACCCAGCCAACUAUGUAACAACAUCGAGUACUUGUACCACAGCAACCACAUGGUUACCGAACAUACGGUGGCCUCGGACGGGUACUACUAUUACAUAUUUUACUCCGAUAAUGAUUUCGUUAAGAACGAUAUGCACGCAGUAUUCGAUAUUUACAAGCCUACUUACGGAUUCAAAAAUAGCAGUAGCGGAAAGGAAUGUAUUAAUCAAACCGUGUGUAAGUUUCCUUUGCAGUUGAUGGGAGGGGAAAGCGUGAUAGUAGAGGUUCCUACUAGGGAUGGUAUCGAGCACGAAGCUGAUGAUAUCACUUUUCUUACUAGUAUUUGCGAGCCUAGAAUGGAGAUUUACGUUAUUUUUCCGAUAUUGGUGCUGAUUUUGAUAAUGAGUUGUUCGUUUUUGUAAGCUCGGGGUUGUAAGUAUGGAACGAAACAAGAUUCUCAUCCGCGUUUACCUAGAUCUUGAAAAUUAUGGGGCUUCCAAAUUGAUGCAAUUUUCACUUGUGGUCGACAAUCUAAAUGUAAAAUGUCUAUUGGUUAUACUCAGCGGAUAAACAGCACUCCUUUUUUAGAAUAAUUAUUUGUUAUUUAGACUGUAGAUAGGAUUUUUUAACCCAAAAUGGCUUUUCGAAAUACCCUAGAUUUU